AUGAAUAGUAAAGCUUUGGAUGAUCCUAGCCAAAGAGAGAAUCUAUUUCACUUCAAAUGCUUCAUCAAGGAUAGUGUGCGUUCUUUAAUCAUUGAUAGUGGGAGUUGUGCAAAUGUUGCUAGUAUGGCGUUAGUGGAAUUCUUGAAACUUCCUACCACUAAGCAUUCUAUGCCUUACAAACUUCAAUGGUUGAGUGAGUGUGGAGAAUUGAGGGUGCAUCAACAAGUGAUGAUCAAGUUCAAAAUUGGGAUGUAUCAAGAUGAGGUUCUAUGUGAUGUAGUCCCAAUACAAGAUUGUCAUGUGCUACUCGGUAGGCCUUGGCAACAUGAUCGCUCAACCAAACAUGAUGGGAGAACCAACAAGUAUUCACUUGUGUUGAAUGAUCAUAAGUAUGUUCUUCAUCCUAUGUCCCCUUCUCAAGUCAAUAAUGUAUAUCAAACGAUGAGUGAGUCGAGGGAGAAGAAGAAGUGUGAAGAGGAACAUGUGGAGGCCGAGAGCCAAGAAGAGGAGGAGAGAAGGAAGUUGAAAAAGGAAAGGCCCAAAUAUUGUUGGCUAGACUAUGAGGAUGUCUUCCCUAAGAAGCUUCCAAGUAGAUUGCCCCCUCUUAGGAUAAUUGAGAACCAAAUUGAUUUCGUGCCGGGAUCACAAUUGCCAAACAAGACGGCUUAUCGAAGCAAUUUGGAAGACACCAAGAAGCUACAAAGUCAAGUUGAGGAGCUCCUCAACAAAGGUUAUGUGAAGGAGAGCAUGAGUCCAUGUGUCGUGCCAGUUUUAUUGGUUCCAAAGAAAGAUGGAACAUGGUGCACGUGUAUUGAUUGUUGA